UUUUUCGUGAGGUCGCCUUACCGCAGAGAUUCAGAUCGUUCCUGCAUUGAGACCCCAAUUUUUCGUCCUUUCGGCAUGUUUGGAAACUUCUCUUCAAGUCAACCAGCUGCCUCCACACCGUUGUUUGGAGGAGCUAACACUGCCUCAUCACCCUUUGGCUCAACGCAAUCCACUACUACCACCAAUGCUCCGUUGUUUGGAGCAUCCGCUUCCACAACACCAACGCCUGCAUCUAAUUCAAUGUUUGGAGCUACUCCUGCAGCAACCACCACCACAACCGCACCACUCUUUGGAAACGCGUCGACCGGCGCAGCGUCAGCAGCUACAUUUGGUAGCAGUUUGACGGUUCCAACCAACUCCCCAUUUGGUUCCACCGCGUCUGGUCUCAAUACCAGUGGCACUACUUCUUCACCCUUUGGCGCCGCUUCUAAGCCUACCACCAGCACACCGUUGUUUGGUGCAGCAAAUACCACAACACCUGCCACAUCUGGAUUUUCUUUUGGUGGCGCAGCUGCAUCAACCGCUACAACUACACCCUCCCUUUCAUCGUUCAGUGCAGCUCCCGCAGUUGAGGCGAAAUCUGCCUUGUCUGACGGCACUGUACCGCAUUACACCAUUGGUCCUCAUUCAAUUAUGCGACAGACAGCUCCUCCCCCUUCGUCGUCUGCCGGCUUUAUGCCAGCCAGCCAAAAGGAAGUCGAAACAAAAUUAUCCGCAUCCGACAUCUCGACAAAACCACAUACUCCUACGUUCCAGGAAAAGCGAACAGUAUUACCAGGAUUUUUAACUAGCGUCGGAUCAUCUCCCAAGUCAGAAAUAGUCUCUAAAGUCGGUGGUGAUGGAGUGACCAAAAGGUAAAAUUAACUGGCAUAUGCAAACAACCGGUAUGUGAUCUGAGUUUGUUCAUUCAUUUUACUUAAUCACAUAGUACUGGAGCUGCAUCAAGCUCAAC